GAACGGAACAAAUAAUCUUUUGGCAUACCACUCAGAAAUACACAGUGGCAAAUGCUGCAUCGCUCCAAGACAGCUUGGUACCGCUUUGAAACACUACGGAGCAAGUUGAAAAGACCAAAUGGUUCAUCAAGACCAGCUUCAAUCAAUGACCCAAAUGAGAACAAACGUGAAGGGCCCGGGAGGCGUACAGGCGAAGGCUGA